AUGGCGUCUCACCACCACCUCGACUGUGACUGCCGCCGUCUUCACCACCGUGAGAGCAAUCCUCACAUACCCGCUUACUAUACCACGUCAUCACCAUGUUUCUGUGCAGAUUCUACUCCUUGCUGUACACAAUGCUCGCCGCCUGAUCUAGAUCAUCUUCUUCGUCUCAUCGCUUCCUAUCUCCAAAACCAACAACCUUGCUGCGAAACUGCGUCUACGAGAUUCAACGCCGUUAAACGACAACGUUUCGUUAACCAACAGAACACUCAACGAGAAUACGAGAAUAUUCUCCGGAAGAUCAACGAUCUCGAUUUGUCGCUCAACCGAUUCCCCGCUCGUCGCGAAUCUUACUCUACACUGAAGGACUCGGCGGCGCGUGUGAUUCAGACCCAUUUCCGGUCUUACCUGGUUCGCAGAUCCGUUUCACUCAGGCAACUCAAGGAGCUCACAAGGAUCGAAUCAAGCUUCGCAUCUCUCAGAUCUUGGGUUUCUGGUAAAACCCAUUUCCCUCUCGAAGCUGUCUCUCGAGAAGCUACUCAUUUGCUUCUGCGAUUAGAUUUUAUUAAGGGUAGUGCUGAUUCUAUGAUACGCGAUGGGAAACGAACAUUGUGUAGAGAUUUGGUGAGGUUCUUGCAUUACGUUGGUGAUUGUGCUGUGAGAAGACGUAAUGUUGUAUCUAAAUAUGCGAAAGAUGUGACCUUUGGGGCUAAACGUCAAGAUAGAUCCACUGAGAUGUUAAAGAAACAUAUAAGAAGGAUCUAUGUGAGUGACGAGGAGAACAUUGCUGAGCUUGAAGAGUUUCGAUUCGUAAGCGACGAGAUCCCAAUUGUUUCUGUUGGAAAAAGCAGAAAGCUUGGUGUUGAAUCGGGUAGGGGCAACAAAGUUAAGACGCCGGUGGUUUACGAGCUGGCUUCGAGUGCAGAGGAUGAUGAUGGAGUGGAAAUCUUGAUGAUGUCUGGUGAUAAUGGAGUUGGUAUUAGUUCGAGAAGUAGAAGAGGAGUUGUCAAAAAUGUGAGCUUCAAUGAGAAUGGGAAUGUCUAUAAGGUUUAUGGAGAUACGCCAGAGGCAAGUGGGGGAGAUGAUGGUUCUACAAGUGGAUCAAACAAUGAAAGUGGUGGAGAUGGUUACACUGAGGUAGAGAAUAUCAAAUAUAUGCCCAAGGAGCAUGAUCGUUUCAAAGAAGAAGGUGAAGAAAGUCUCUCUGAGAAUGAAGAAGAGUCCUCUUCACAGGGAAGCAAAGGGGAGGUACAAGUUUCAGGAAAUGUCAGUCAUAAAUUCCAUCUUGGAAAAGGAAGUUUGAUGAUCUCUCCUCUGUUGCCACUAAAAAUGGAACCUUGA